AUGUCCUUGGUCGACCGUCUCCUCAAUUCUGAACCUGCCACUUGGGCGGUGGUAGGGUUCACUGCUGUCCUUCUUAUCCACUUCGUACCGUACCUGGCCGAUCCCCACCACAUACGAGAGUACCCUGGCCCUCUUCUCGCCAAGUUAUCCGACAUCUGGCUGGGCUAUGUCGCUGCUCAGGGGCAUCGUUCUGAACGCGUCCAUGAGCUGCACAAGCAAUACGGUACCUUUGUGCGCAUCGCGCCGAACCAUUUGUCCAUCUCGGACCCCGAAGCGCUCCAAGUCGUCUAUGGCCAUGGAACAGGCACGCUCAAGUCGGACUUCUACGACGCGUUCGUGUCCAUCCAGCGCGGCCUCUUCAACACGCGUUCGCGCGUACAACAUGCGCGCAAGCGCAAGAUUGUUUCCAACAUCUUCGCGCAAAAGAACGUCCUGGACUUCGAGCCUCAUGUCCGCCAGCACCUCGCAAACCUCUUCAGGCAGUGGGACAAGCUCUGCGAGGGCGGGAAAAACGGGCUCUCCGGCGAUGAGGGCGAGGGUGGUUGGCAAGGCCGAGACGGUCGCGUAUGGUACGAUUGUCUGCCAUGGUACAACUAUCUCGCGUUCGACAUCAUAGGCGACCUCGCGUUCGGGGCGCCCUUUGGGAUGCUCGACGCCUGCAAGGACUCGGCGCCCGUCGCGGUCUCCCACAAGGCUGCCAUGGCGGCGUAUGGGUCCUCCGACUCCUCCAAGGAAAUCCAGAUCGAACACUUCCCAGCUGUGCAGGUUCUGAACGACCGCGGCGAGUAUUCCGCUGCGAUGGGCGUACUGCCCCCGCACUGGCGCCCGCUUGCGAAGAAGAUCCCAUGGUACUCGAAAGGCAACCAGGCUGUCCAGAAACUCGCCGGUAUCGCUGUCGCUGCAGUCGCCCAGAGGUUUGCUAACCCUUCCGACCGAGCGGAUCUCCUUUCGAAACUGCAGGAAGGCCGCGACGAUAAUGGUGACCCAAUGGGGAGGGAGGAGCUUACGGCCGAGGCGCUCACGCAAUUGAUUGCGGGGAGUGACACGACUUCGAACUCCUCUUGCGCCCUUACGUACUGGCUCGCCAAGAACCAAGCCGCUCAGCGUAAGCUCCAGCAAGAGCUCGAUGCCGCGCUUGGUAGCGAUGACGAUCCGGUUGCCUCAUACGAGCAGGUCAAGCGUCUGCCCUAUCUCGAAGCUGUCAUCAACGAGGCCCUCCGCAUCCACGCCACCUCCGGAAUUGGGUUGCCACGACUCGUGCCGGAGGGAGGGCUGACUGUGUGCGGCAAGUUCUUCCCGGAGGGUACGGUGCUGAGCGUGCCGACGUACACGAUUCACCGCGAUAAGGCCGUUUGGGGCGAAGACGUUGACGACUUCCGGCCGGAGAGAUGGUUCGAGCAGGACAAGAACCUCGUACAGAAGACGUUCAACCCAUUCUCGUUCGGACCUAGGAGUUGCGUCGGAAGGAAUCUUGCUAACUUGGAGCUGCUCGUGAUCGUGGCUUCUAUCUUCCGCCGGUAUCACUUCGUCCUGGAGAAUCCCAAUGCCCAGCUUGAAACGAGGGAGGGCUUCCUGCGCAAGCCGGUGGAAUGCAAAGUCGGCAUGAAGCAAAGGCACACGUAG